AACCUGCGUCUUAAUGAACGUUAAGGUGGAUUUUUAGAAAUGUUAAUCUGACUCAGUUGAGCUAACAUAAUGGUAGUUCUCAGUGAACCUGCCUUGCCCAUAUGGACAAGCUUGCUUAAGUUAGCAGGACAAGCACCAGCCUUUCUAAUGGCCUAGUUAAGAUGAUUUAAGAUGAUUUGUCCCUUUUUUUUUUUUCACAGAGGUAAAUGCACCAUGCAAGAUGAGCAAAGGCCAUAGGAAAAAUGUUCAUAUUUGCGAUGUUGAAAUCUAUGGAUCUAAACCAGGAGAUGCUUUGUUUUGCCUUUGUGCAGCUCUCAUCACCUUGGUGCAGUUCUCACAUGGGUGUGUUGUGCCUGGCACUCCUUCACAGCACACCUGAAUGCUAUUCUAUGCACGAGUUAAAUGGCAGCAUGAUUGCAUUGUACCUUGAAAUGCUUUGCUGAGCGGCCUUACAGAUGACAAGGGCAGCUGAGCUCCUGGCAGUUUGUUCAGAGCUAUUUAGGAGUUUGCUAGUUAGUGUGGCAAGGGUAGAAGGCACUAAAAUACCUAUGUGAUACCUCAGUCUUUCUUCUUUUAAAUGUUCCACUUAUGACAGACCAGAAGAGCAAGCACUUGAUGAGAGAGUGUUAAAUCUAAUAAAAUUUGAACCCCUCAACAUCUAGGUCUUUUUCCUGCUUAGAGUAGGUAAAAAGGCUUGGUUUUGUUUUGGCUUUAUUUUGAAGCUGGGGAAAAAGUCUCUUGCAGAUAGGAAACCACUCAGAAGUUACUGUUAAGCCAGUAUUGUCUGGUUUUUAAAGCAGUCAGGUGGUCCAUGGUUCUCUGAAGGUGAAAUGACUUUGAAAUGAGGGGUAUGUAACUGCUUGAGUACUUGGACACAGGGCCUGAAAUGCUGUAUAACUGCAAUUCCUGCUGGCUUCACAAGGAAAGCUUCUGGAAACGGCUCUUGAUGCACUAGGCACAAAGCACUACAAGUGCAGGUAAAUAGUUCUCUGAAAUAUUUUGGCACGCUGAGAAAACUUCAGUGAGUGCUACUUGGAAGCUGAGCCCUAGACUUUUUGUGACUAAGAUCGGUUUAAAUAGGUGAGUUUUUCUAACUUCUGUGUGUACGAGAGAGGGGAACACAAGGGCAAUUAAAAAAAAAAAAUAAUAAUUGGAGAGAAGGCCUCCCUGCUGACCUGGGAGAUGUGCUUGACCUCCUUAGCCUUACGCACUUGUCUGUGGUUUUCAGCCAAAGGCUGCCACUUUGAGAGAGGCUUGCUUCUCGUGCUGAACUAUUUUUUGACGCAGUGAAUGAAUGCAAUAUGUUAACGCUCCUGUAAGUCCCAGAAUUGCUUGGCUGCCCCUUGCCCUGCCUGCCUCACACUGGCUGAAAAGGUACCAUUGUUUGUUCUGCAAACAGAGGGUGAUGUUUGUUUCCAAGGUGACUGUGGCUCUGUUGCUGCCCUCUAGAACAAAAUUAAAAUGGCUUUAAACACCUGAGAGCAUCCCUCUGUCGCUAGAGAUGGUGGGAAGGAGGGAAGAGCUGUUUGGUGGUGAUCUCUGGACUGGUUAUUGGAAAAAAGAGGAAAUUUCAGUUCGCUAAGAAGUGGCAAUGCAUGCAUUUGGGUUAUAUUACAAAACAUUAUCCAUAAAUAGUACACAGAUACAGCCAUUGAAACACUUGUUAAUACUAGGGAUGCCAGCAAACGUAAGAUCUUCCAAACAUCCUGGUCAAAUGUUCAUUAUUGUUUCAGUUUACAGUAGGAAUAUUCUGUUUCUUCAGUUACUUAAAUCAGAGGAUGCAUUGAAGAUAUUGCUCAAGUGAAGAUGUAUCAGCUUCCUAAAAGGAAAGCUGGAAGGGAAUAUUAGCAGUUCUGCUGGACUUGUGGAUUUUCAGAUUGUUUUGGAAAAUGAUUAUACAUAUCCCCAGAGAGAAACUCCCAGCAGUCAGUUCUUCCGUUGCUUUUGUGCAUUCUUGCAUUCCAUCAUUCUACCUAUAUGAUUCUCAGAGUAGUGCCUUGCUUUUAGGCAUCCAGGUGGAUGGAUUAGAAGCAUUUUAGCGUGCUCUCCCAGUGCUGCCUGCUGAUCUACUGACAUGUCUGUUUAGUAUAGGGGAGAGGGGAGAUAAGUUGGGGAGAAAAAAAAAACAAACUUUUUAAUUGGUCACGGAUGCUGCUAGCAGAACUUUGCCUUCUUCCCCAUCAGGUUUAGUACAGUUCAUACACCGGUUUCAGUAAACAUUAACCACUUUUAUCAGGGCUCACAGCAUGUUGAAUGGUUAGCAAAGAGCAUGUACUGAGAGGGACAGAGAAAAUGAACAAGUCCAAGGUCAAAAGGAUGGUAGAUUUUUCCUUCAGUAGAGUACAUGGUGGAGAAGAUUGGUGAUACUUGGUGGAAAAAUGCUAGAGGGUGCUACUGAAGAAGAGGCUGAAGAGCCUGAUGCUACUAAAGCUACUACACUAAGUGAGGAGACCAGCAAGCAAGAAGAGAGCCUCAGUCAAUCAGGGGAUAGCAAUGAAGAGAAGCAGCUGGAAACCUUAAACAGUUACAAGGUGUCGCCAAGUUCACCAAACAGUUCGGACGGAGCAGACUUGUCCUCCAUUGAUGCCAUGAUGUCAGCAGUAAUGAAUGUGGGGAAGAUAGCUGAAAAUGGGGGGACCUCUCAGACUGUCAAAUCUCCCUCGAAGUCUCCUGCACCAAAUCGGAUUGGUAGGAGGAAUCAGGAAACAAAAGAAGAGAAGUCUUCCUAUACCUGUCCUCUGUGUGAAAAGAUUUGCACUACACAGCACCAGCUAACUAUGCACAUUCGUCAGCAUAACACUGACACUGGAGGGACAGACCAUUCCUGCAGCAUCUGUGGAAAGUCUCUGAGCUCAGCGAGCUCCCUUGAUCGCCACAUGCUGGUGCACUCAGGUGAAAGGCCUUAUAAAUGUUCAGUGUGUGGACAGUCCUUCACCACCAAUGGAAACAUGCACAGGCACAUGAAGAUUCAUGAGAAGGAUCCAAACAGCACGGCGAGCACAACUCCCCCGUCUCCGCUGAAGCGCAAGCGAUUGUCUUCAAAGCGGAAGUUCAGUCAAGAUGCUGAGAUGGACAGAGAGGAAAGGACACCUGCAAAAAAGGUUGUCGAGGAUGGUCAGUAUGGUGAAGGGGAUAGGAAAGAAGAUGACGCUUACCAUUGUCCAGUAUGUUUCAAAGACUUUUAUUGCAAGUAUGCGCUGGAGUCCCACAUGGAGACGCAUCCAGAUAACUCACUGAGGUGUGACAUCUGUUGUAUUACCUUUCGUACUCAUCGGGGCUUACUGCGCCACAAUGCAGUUAUCCAUAAGCAGCUUCCCAGAGAUCCCACUGGAAAGCCUUUCAUUCAGAACAACCCUUCAAUUCCAGCAGGCUUCCACGACUUGGGAUUCACAGACUUCUCCUGUAGGAAGUUCCCCCGCAUUUCUCAGGUCUGGUGUGAAACAAAUUUGCGAAGGUGCAUCAGUGAAUUCCAUCGGUUUAUUUGUGAGACGUGUAACAAGGCAUUCCCCAUGCUUUCAGCGCUCAAACUGCACACAGAAACUCACGUGAUGGAUCAGGGAAGAGACAAGCACAAGCUACAGUCCACAUCCCUACCCAGUGAGAACCCAGACCAGAAAGCCUUCAUGGCAUCCUUGGGCCUACAGUACACCAAAGACAUCAAACCUGUCAAGCAGGAGGAUGAUACACAAGACGAUGCCCAAGAAAUGCGGCUCAGAGCACUGAAGAGUAACCUACCUCAGGAACCCGGCAGCACUGGCCUGCUCAGCCUCUCCCCUCUGGAAGCUGCCUCUAUGGGAGGGCCAUUUUCAGUCCUCCCACCUACAAAGGAGAACAUAAAGCUCCUCUCGCUGCAGCCUUUCCAGAAGGGUUUUAUCAUCCAGCCUGACAGCAGUAUUGUGGUAAAACCCAUCUCCAAUGAAUCUGCAAUUGAGUUGGCAGACAUUCAGCAGAUCUUGAAGAUGGCUUCUUCCGCUCCUCCUCAGAUCAGUCUUCCUCCACUUUCUAAGGCACCUUCUGUCCCCGUGCAGUCCAUUUUCAAGCAUAUGCCACCAUUGAAGCCAAAGCCUUUGGUAACGCCCCGAACAGUUGUCGCAACUUCUACACCUCCUCCUCUUAUCAGUGCCCAGCAAGCCUCCCCCGGCUGCAUUAGCCCAAGCCUCCCACCACCUCCUCUGAGGCUGAUCAAGAACUCGGUGGAGACCUCCUCCAACUCUCACCUCUCGCAGCCAGGAGCCAAAUCAAGUCCUUCCUCACAGUUGCUUCUCCAACCCAAAGUAGAGCCUUUAACUCAGCACGAGAUGAAGACACAACUGGAGCAGGACAGCAUUAUUGAAGCUCUCCUGCCUCUGAAUAUGGAAGCGAAGAUCAAGCAAGAGGUGACAGAAGGGGACCUCAAAGCCAUCAUUGCAGGGGCAGCAAACAAGAAAGCCCCAACAAUGAGGAAAGUCUUGUACCCCUGCCGUUUCUGUGACCAGGUGUUUGCCUUCUCUGGUGUCCUGAGAGCUCAUAUCCGUUCUCACUUGGGUAUUUCCCCAUACCAGUGCAACAUCUGUGACUACAUUGCAGCUGACAAGGCAGCACUGAUCCGGCACCUGCGGACACACAGCGGGGAGAGGCCUUACAUUUGUAAAAUCUGCCACUACCCGUUCACAGUUAAAGCCAACUGCGAGAGGCACCUGCGAAAGAAGCACCUCAAAGUGACCAGGAAGGAUAUAGAGAAGAACAUUGAGUAUGUCACCAGCAAUGCCGCAGAGAUGGUGGAUGCCUUCUGUUCUCCAGACACUGUGUGCAAGAUGUGUGGCGAGGAUCUGAAGCAUUAUCGGGCCCUCCGCAUCCACAUGAGGACGCACAGUGGCUGCCAGAAGAAGAAGCCAUUUGAGUGCAAGGAGUGUGGCACAGCCUUUUCAGCCAAGAGGAACUGCAUUCACCAUAUCCUGAAGCAGCACUUGCAUGUUCAGGAAAGGGAGAUUGAGAAUUACAUCCUUGUGGUGGACUGCAGUGCUCAGGAGAGCCACGCAGAUGCUCCUUUAUUGGAAGACAGCACUUACAUGGACUGCAAGCCCAUCGCAUCUUUCCUGGAGCCACAGAAUGGUUUCUUGCUUGGGACACCAUCUCAUGUUCCCAUCAAACUUGAACAUACGGGCAACUUCCCGAUGGAUUUUGAUGAGCCAUUGGAUUUCUCUCAGAAGAGCAAAAACCUGAGUGCUGUGCAAGUGAAGCAGGAGAACCUGUUUGUCUCUUCUCCCUUGUCCUUCUAUGACUGUUCCAUGGAGCCCAUUGAUCUAUCCAUCCCCAAAGUCCUGAAGAGGGACAAUGAUAUCCCAGGUGAGACCAGGAAUCAAGAGCUGGCUUCUUCUGUCAUCAUUGAUAAUGCCUAUAACUGUCAGCAGUGUCCUCUGGGCUUUGGUGCCAAUGGGAACUCAGAGAAAAACAGGGCUGUUGCACAUCCCCAGCCACUGAAGGGUUCGUUGCAUUUGACUGUCCCAAUCAUUUCCCCAGCUCUCCUUGGCAAUUCUGCCUUGCUGAGACCCUUGAGGCCUAAACCAUCACCGCAACCUCUCUUGCCAAAGCCUCCAGUAACUAAAGAGCUGCCACCGCUGGCUUCCAUUGCACAGAUCAUUUCAUCUGUGUCUUCUGCUCCUGCUUUGCUGAAAACAGAGGCUGCAGAUGCCAGUCCCAAGGCAGCGAGCAGCUCCACUGGGUGCGACAAAUCAGGGAAUGCCAAAGCAAAAAUGACAAUCGUGACCGCCAUUCCGAGAGACUCCAGCCUUCCCAGUGACCUGACUCAGGCCUGUGAUCCCGAGCCGUCUCCCAUUGCUGACACUGGGUUGACUAAGAAAAGGGGUAGAAAGAAAGGAACAAAAAACAAACCUAAACUGAGCAGCGGUGUGGAUCUGGAGUCAAGCGGGGAGUUUGCCAGCAUAGAGAAGAUGCUGGCUACCACAGACACUAAUAAAUUUAGCCCGUUUCUACAGUCCACUGACAAUUUCAAGGAAGAAAGCGGCCAAAAUGGAACAAGUGAGGAUGAGAAGGAAAGUGCUGAAGAUAAGCUGCUGAGGGGGAAGAGGAACACUUACUCAGACUGCCCGCAAAAAAUCUCCUGUCCUUACUGUCCUCGAGCCUUUUCGUGGGCAACUUCCCUACAGCGGCACAUGCUCACUCACACAGACAGUCAGGCUGAUGCGGAGGCGCCUGCUACAGGGGGUGAAGUCUUGGACCUGACAUCCUGUGAGAAGGAGCAGCCAGAGGAAGUCAGCGAGCUACCAGGCAGUGAGUGCAGCCCCAAGGAGGAGCCAAAGGCUGACUCCCCACCAGCAGAAGAGGAUGCCGAAGAAAAAGCAGAUGAAUAUGAAGAGGGCCCUGAGGAAGAUUCUGUAAGUAACAAAAGUCUUGACCUCAAUUUUGCCAGCAAAUUAAUGGACUUCAAGCUGGCAGAGAAUGACCAGAGUGCAGGCAGCAAUUCUCAGACUGAAAGGAAACAUGCCUGUGACGUUUGUGGCAAAACCUUCAAGUUUGCUGGCACUCUUAGCCGUCACAAAAAGGCCCACAUUCGUGAGGACAGAAAAGAUGAAAGGAGCAGUGAGGAUGAAAGCAAAAGCAUCCAGGAUGAUGCAGGAGCUCCCUCGAUGCAGGACUCCAGUCUUGAGCAGGAAGAGUCUCCGAUGGACUUGAAGGUAGUGGAGUCUCCUCUGGACUGUGAGGCGACAGGAAAGGAGAAUGAAGAGAGCGAAAGCAUUUCUGAGGGGGAAGGCACAGAGAGAAAGUCCACUGAGAAGAGCAGUGAUGACAAAAUACCAAAGACUGAUGAGGCUAAGAGUACUGCAAAAGCAGACAAAAGAAAGAAAGUCUGUACUGUGUGCAACAAGCGUUUCUGGUCUCUGCAAGAUUUGACACGACAUAUGCGGUCUCAUACAGGCGAGAGACCAUACAAAUGUCAAACCUGUGAACGGACCUUCACUCUGAAGCACAGCCUGGUUCGUCACCAGCGCAUACACCAGAAAGUCAAAAAUACUCGAAACCACGGGAAGGAGAGCGACAAGGAGGAGACCCAAUCGAGGUGUGGGGAAGACAGCGAAAAUGAGUCCAGCCACAGUGGCACCAACCCCAUCUCAGAAAACGAGUGCGACUCCGCGGGGGUUGUUGGCAGCCACCCAUCCGGCACCAGAAGCCGAAAGGAGUCCCUGGUCGGCGCGGCCAAGGAUGUGCCCUGUGAAGAGGAGAGGCCAAGCGGGCAAGGAGCCGGUGCCGGCCUCGUGGAGCCCGCCAAGAGCGCACAGAAGCAGCCUGCGAAAGACCAGGAGCCUCGGGGUAGCUCCGAGCUAGAGAGACCGCCGGGUUUCAUUCAAGACUUGCUGGAGAUGCACAACAAAAAGUCUCCCAUGAAUCACAUUCUUGCCUCUGCAGACAGCACGCCUCAGCUCUUGGGGGUAGAAUGACUUGCGAGAAGGCUGGGCCCAUCCCAGCACACAAACUGAAGCCAGCAGAGCAAGGUUUCCAGGGUCUCGUUUCAGAAGAGUGACCUACAGCUGUGGGGAGAGUAUGGCAGACUGGAUGCAGUGCCAUAUGCCUUUCAGUAUAAUAAUGCAAGAGACUACAGUAUAUACUGAUUUGAGUGCCUUACUACUUUAUUAGAUCUUUUGGUAUCAUAGAUUUUUUUUUUUUUUUUUUUCAAAAAUGAUUUUUUUAAUAUUUUAAUGAAUUAUUUGGAGAGGACCUUUUUCAUUUAAGCAUUAAUGUUACCUUUUGUAUUGGUGUGUGUGAGCUUGGUCUUGUAUAUCUGAUAGUCUCUGUGUUUGUUCUCUGAGCUGGAAACGGGGCAGUGGGGUGGGAGGCCCUUGGAUACCACAGCCAAUAACUGGAAGCAAUUUAUGUGAAUUUCAUUCGGAACAGUCAGAGGAAACGCAGGCGAGAUGUCGGGUGUUGUUUUCUCAGUAGAUGUUCUCGCAUUUGCCACACGGUGGAGCAUUAAGCCUGUUCCAGGCAUUAGCAGCGUGGCAGCCGAAGGUGUUCAAAGUGGUUGGAGCCAAAAGCAGGAAGCGCAAAGAAUUUCAACCUCAUACUUGUUUCCACUUUUCAGCGUUAGAAAUGGUGUUCUAGAUACUAGGGUUUUUCUUCUGGCCGUCGUGGACUGAGUGCGUAUACAGAGAAGAGUUACAUAGCAACGUGACCUAUGGAAAUUAUGCACCCGCUGUUAUAUAUGUUUGAUUUGCUUCAGUAUAUUAUUAUUAUUAUUUUAUAAUUAUUUUAUAAAUUCAUCAGUUUGCUUGUCUCUGCAGUCAGCAGAAGCCAAUGGGCAAUAUUUGCCCACGCAGACGUGUAACGCAGCUUGGAUCCCCUCUUUACAUGUUUUGACUUCAAGCUUUCACCAACUCCUCCUCCUAUGUUGCAGCUCUUCUACUGUACUUUAAUCGAAACCCUUCCUCUGACCGGAGAGUCAAUCAGAGGCCAGCAGGCUGUCGUCACAGCCGUGCAGGGGCCGCCCCGCUGCUCGUGGUGCACGUGCCCGAGGACGGCCGUCUCCGUGCCGUCACCAGGCGGCAGCACGCCUUCCUUCGGAGCCAAGGGACUCAGUCUUCCAGUCGAAAGCGAGCAAGAGAGAAAUGCGAGCCUUACCGUCGUCUUGCUACUUACCGUCAUGUUCUGGAGCAAGAAAAUACUACUGGUGAUAAAACUACAGAUAUAAGACAUGUUAAAAAAAUAAAUUAAUUAAUUAAAUUAAAGAGAAAAAGAAAAAAAAAAAAUAAUAAUAAAUAGAAAUUCUUCCUGAGAUUUUUGGGGUUGAUGCUUGAAGACUUGAGGUGUGCGUCUAAAUUUCAUAUCAGUAAUUUAACCCCUUUAACGCUGGGAGCUGGGAUUUCUCCGGAUGGCUCCUGUUGCCGGCAACAGGCGAUGCUCCAGCCGCCAGUGUUGAAGGGGUUAAAGGAAAUGUCUCCUACUGUAGCUGCACGCUUCUGGGAGCGGGCGGCGUUUUUGUUGUUGUUGUUCUUGUUGUUGUUGUUUGUUAAUUGUCCUUCAGUCAUGACCUCUGGGACAGACAGAGCCAUAAUAGCGAUGCCGGAGCCUCACUGUGCUAUGCCACCACUCAGCCCCAACCCGCACUGUGAUCUCCCCGCCCCGCAGAUCCGCUUUUCCUGCUUUCAUCAGACAUGGAGGACGUGGGCCUCGGACCCAUGCUAUAUUAUAUAAUAUAUAUCUAUAUAUAGCUAUAUCUAUAUUAAAAAUUCUCCGAAAGUUUCUGGAGACUGAAAUGUAACUGUCUGGAAUUCAAAGGAAGAGAAACUUUCUUGAGUAAUAUUCUUGCAGAUAGAAUAAGAAAAAAAUGGUUGAGGUAUAUGUGAUUUCUAUUUUUUGCUUUGUUGUUGUUUGUUAAAUAGGGAUGUUUGAACCCGUUCAGAAACGAAGCUAACGCCAGAGAGUCAGUCACAACCAAUGAUUCACUAAAUUCACUACCCAGGUGCAUUCUACUUAACGGAAACCAGUUCACGCAUCCCUUAAAUCCUUAUUACUAUUAUAAUUAUAAUAAUAAUUAUUAUUAUUAUUUGGGGUAUUUUUUUGGUUCUCGUCGUUUGUUAUUUUGGUUUUUUUUUUUUUGGUUUAUUCGUUUUAUCUGGGUUGUUUUUGUUUUUUUUUUAAUUUGUUUUUUGUUGUUUUUUGUUUUUGCAACUCUCCACACUAAACUGCGCAAUACUGUGGGGGAGAAGCCAUUACUAAACUAUAUGCUGCAGAAUGAUGUAGCACGUAAUGAAUUCCCAGCAGCCUGCCGGGACAUCUGCUAGCAAUAAUCACUAUUGAGUUAAAGCUUUAUUUAGCCUUUAUCUGUAUCCUAGUAGAGUAUAAGGUCUUGCCACAACUUAUUGACAUUUUUAUUAGUUGAGUUUGACUGAGAACUGUUGCUGUUGUUGGGUUUUUUGUUUCCCCUCCUCCCCCAAUAUUAAACUGUGAAAUUUAUAAUGUGUUUAAACUAUGGGUGAAUCUUAGGCUUUAGUUUGCAUGUUCAGCUAAUUUGUCUCUAUACGAUUUUUGUUUGGAUCUUUUUAUUUUUUAUUUUUAUUUUUUUUCCUCUCUCAGGGCUUUUACAUAAAACAAACAGAAAAGGAUCUUCUGAAAUUCUUUUGCCUGAGUUGCAAUGGACUUAACGUGGAGAUAAUUCAAUCACUACAUUGAGCACUUGACUGUGAAAGCGCAAAAAGAAAGAAAGAAAAAAGAAAAAAAAAAAAAAAAAAAAGCUAAAAAAAAACCAACAAAACCACCUUGUUUGAGGCAAUUCUGAAAUAACUUUUCGGGGCUAUGUGAGACUGAUUCCAUUUUCAGAAUGAUUCGUAAUUUUCUCUCUCCUCUAUGUGUCUCCUUUCUCUCUUCUCUCCCCACAAAGGAAGGUUAAUCCUAGUGAUUUCAUCCCAUGCAGAAACAGUAAUAAAUAUGUAGAAUUCAUAUUUUUCUAAAGGGAACUUAAACUGCUGCUACGAAUUGUGUACAAGACUGGUUUAUGCCACAUGAACAGAGAAUCACACAUUUGUUUUGGUACUUUUAUUCCUCUUUUUAUUCAGUUGUACAGUACUUCCAAAUUCAAAAUAAAAGUUGUUCUGUAUCAAACCAUCUAAGCAAUAAAAUGUUAUAUUUAAAAAUUA